AGUCGAAUCAGCUGUUGGCAUCAAUAACAAGUGAACGAGCCGAAAGCGUUUUGCACACCAACAUUUGCGCUCUUGGCGGAGCGUCAAGCGUUUCGAAAUCACUUUCAGUACCACUUUGUCCGUUCGCGAUUGCGUGCUCCGUAGUCUUCUCUCCGGCGGCCCAGCAACACCACCUCCAUCAGCUGCUCGGCUCGGAAGCCUCCGUGGUUGUGUCCAAGUGGGUGAAGUGUGCUCGUACAGCGGUGGUUCAAAGCGGGCGCCGACCCACGUUAAGGCCAUCGGUUUCGGCCCCAACUAUUGGCUCCGUAGAAAUCCUCUUCGAAAUGUACAUACGUGCGUGUCUUUAAGAGCGGGGGCGGUUGAAAGUCAAUUUCCGAUGCCAGGCAAUUCGGGAAGUUAUUUACGGUGAUUCGGAACCGCUGAAUUUGCAGGUGCACUGAGGGAAAUACUCGUAACCAACCCAACUGCAAGUUCCUAAUAAACGAUGCUAGAAGCAUCGGAGUGGUGUUAAUCUUUAAAAACGAUCACUAUAAAGAACCGCUUUUGAACAUCAGCUGUAAGCUAUCACAACUGCCCGAAAGAACAGAGAGCUAUCCACCCAGAAGCUCAACGACACCACCGAUCAGGAAAUCUCUGCCACAGAACCACCGCCCACAACCACCUCCUGUCCCAGCUGCAAGCAACACCUCCCUCCACCACCCAACGCACACAAACCACCAGCGCCCGCUAGAUGGAUCUGAAGCACAGUGCGGGUGGAGCUGGCGAGAACAGCGAGACCUUCAUUGCAACCAGCAAGUCCACAGAAAUGAUCACGCCCAAGGAGAAGGAAGGCAAGGGGGUCAAGGCGGUGGGUGGGCAAAACCCUCCAGCCGAAGGCUACAAAGUAUACGCCCGACGCUGGGCGGUGCUCAUCCUCUUUGUGUUCUACUCAUCCUCGAAUGCCAUGCAGUGGAUACAAUACACCAUCAUCAACAACAUAAUAACCCGCUACUAUGGCAUCAGCGACAAGUGGGUGGACUGGACGUCCAUGAUUUAUAUGAUCCUGUACAUACCGCUCAUUUUCCCCGGCAGUUGGUUUUUGGAUAAAGUGGGUCUUCGCAUCACCGCCCUAGUUGGAAUCGUGGGCACUUGUGUGGGGGCCUGGAUCAAGGUGUUCUCGGUGGACCCGUCGCUCUUCUAUGUGAGCUUCAUCGGCCAGUCGAUCGUGGCCUUGGCCCAGGUGUGCAUCCUGUCGCUACCCGCGCGAUUGGCUGCCGUGUGGUUCGGUCCGGACCAGGUGUCCUCGGCCACCAGCGUGGGAGUUUUUGGCAACCAGCUGGGUGUGGCCGUGGGCUUCGUGCUGCCCCCUAUGCUGGUGCCAAAUUCACCGGAUCUCGAGACGGUGGGCAGUGAUCUGCAGAUGAUGUUCUACUUGGUGGCCGGACUCACCUCCAUCCUGCUCGUCCUAAUGGUGAUAUUUUUCCAGGACAAACCACCCACUCCUCCAUCCGCCGCACAGGAGGCAGCCCAACUCUUGGAAAGUUCCGGAGCGGAGCAAGUCAGCUUCAUGCAGUCGCUGAAGAACCUGAUGACCAACCGAAACUUCAUCUUCCUGCUCCUCUCCUACGGCAUCAAUGUGGGCGUCUUUUACGCCAUUUCCACGCUCCUGAAUCCGGUGGUGCUGAAGUAUUAUCCCGGCCACGAGGUGGACGCCGGACGUAUUGGCCUUAGCAUUGUGCUAGCCGGGAUGCUGGGCUCCGUGGUAUCGGGCAUUGUGCUGGAUAAGACGCACAAGUUCAAGGAAACGACGCUGGCGGUUUACGCGCUAUCAAUGGUGGGCAUGUGGAUCUUCACCUUCACCUUGGACACAGGUCACAUCGCGGUGGUCUAUCUGACGGCAUCGCUGCUGGGCUUCUUUAUGACUGGUUACCUGCCUGUGGGCUUUGAGUUCGGAGCCGAGCUGACCUUCCCGGAGCCUGAGGGCACCUCCUCCGGACUGCUUAACGCCUCUGCCCAAACCUUCGGCAUAUGCUUCACGCUCUUUUACUCGGAGCUGUUCACCACGUUUGGCGACAUCGCCGCCAACAUAACCAUGGCCGUAAUGCUGAUUGUGGGCACGAUAAUCACGGCCAUCACCCAGUCGGAUCUGCGGCGCCAGAACGCCCAGGUGCCGGCCAACGGGGCUGGAAACCCAUAGAAAACUUAGGCCGAUCCGGCGACAGUCUUUUAUGUAUAGUAUUCUACGCAUAUCGUUUUACUGAUUAAUUUAUUUGAUUGUUUACUGUACAUUCCGUUGUAGUCUUAAGUGUUGAAUUUUAAAAUGUUCAUUAAAGGUGCAUAGCAACAUACACACGAACACGACACGCACACCACAUACCAA